AUGAUGGCCUCUGUACGCAUCCCUUUCCUCCUACGCACAUCUACCCGCUCGUUGCGGCCGCGCGCCAUCCCCGCAUUCUCCCCAGGUUUCGCGCGGAGCGUGUCAACGAAGCACCCCGCCGGUUUUACACCACCCUCGGAGGAGGACCUUAUCGAGCUACGAGAGCGGGUGCAAGACUUUACGAGGAGAGAGAUCCCAGAAGAGGUAGCUGCACGGACGGAUGAGCAGAAUGAGUUCCCAGCGGACAUGUGGAAGAAAUUAGGUGACGCUGGGUUACUCGGUGUCACUGCCAACGAGGAAUAUGGUGGUUUGGGGAUGGGUUACCAGGCCCACUGCGUGGUGAUGGAAGAGCUGAGCAGAGCCUCAGGCGAGAAGAUUGGCGCCCUGGCCAUGUCUGAACAUUCUGCUGGAUCCGACGUGGUCAGCAUGAAGACUACAGCAAAAGAGGUUGAUGGUGGCUGGGUGCUGAAUGGUACCAAGAUGUGGAUCACCAAUGGCCCUGACGCAGAUUACAUUGUUGUGUAUGCCAAGACCGAGCCCGAGAAGGCCUCCAAAGGUAUUACUGCUUUCGUGGUUGAGAAGGGCUUCUCGGGCUUCUCUUGUGCCCGGAAAUUGGACAAGCUUGGCAUGCGUGGCUCGAACACGGGCGAACUCAUCUUUGAAGAUGUCUUUGUGCCCCGAGAAAACCUGCUUGGUGAGGUGAAUCGCGGCGUCAAAGUUUUGAUGGAAGGUCUUGAUUUGGAACGACUUGUUUUGAGCGCAGGACCUCUUGGUAUCAUGCAGGCUGCUCUUGACCUUGUUCUGCCCUACACGCAUGUCCGAAAGCAGUUUGGCACCCCCAUUGCUCACAACCAGUUAAUUCAGGGCAAAUUGGCAGACAUGUACACCAAGCUCGCUGCAUCGCGAUCAUACACAUACGCUACAGCACGUGAAGUAGACAAUGGUGCCGCAUCGCCUAGUCCGCUUGUGAUUCGGACACAGGACUGCGCUGGUGCAAUUCUCUACGCUGCUGAGCGCGCCACGGAAUGCGCACUGGACGCCAUCCAGCUUAUGGGUGGAAACGGCUACAUCAACGAGAUCCCCGCUGGACGUCUGCUACGUGAUGCGAAGCUAUACGAGAUCGGAGCUGGCACGAGCGAGAUCAGACGGAUGGUUAUCGGCCGCGCUUUCAACAAAGAGUAUGCCUAG